CAGGCUGGAAAAGGUCACGGAAUACGGGACACUGGCUACCCAGUCACACCCGGCGUUGCGGAUGGCUCGCUUGAGCUUUGGGGCAUCGCCUGGCUACAACAGCGCGUCGCCAAACUAGACGGGUGCGUUAAGGAAUGUCUGCGGCACAGUUUGAGGAUAACACCAGCAUUUCAAAGUUGAUGGCCGGGGCACUUUUAAUGGAUAAUGAAUGCAAUGAGCUUCCGUUCACAUGGCCCGACAACUCUGUCACUUCAUCUUCAAGCGCCAAGAACGAGCGGGAAACCAACAACUUCCCGCCAAAUGUUGACUGUUGGCAGAUGCAAAACCACACAUCAGCAUUUUCAAAUAACUACCCGUAUAUUCCACAACAAAAUAAUGGAUACGGACCUGUCCAACACAAUGGCAGCUUAAAUACCACCACUACCACCACCAAUGGUGACCAGGCUCAUGGUCAAAAUGGACUUGUGUCCGGCAGUAGUACCUUGAAACCAGUGCAGGACCAGUAUCGUCAUAAGUAUGGAACUUACGGCAAUGAAAAGUAUCCCGAUUAUAACAUUGCCGUGAAAGCGGAAACGUGCGAUACAAAUAAAUGGAGUCCAUGUGCUGUUAACUCUACUCCGAAUUUUGAUCAGUCCAGAAAUGUCCAUAGUAAUGUACUGGGCGAACAGUUCUCACCAAAGUCUUUCAAAUCCUUGGAUAAUGGAGUCGGAGGAGGCAGCAUUGGCGGGAAACAGACGCCGGGAGGGUCGUCCGUAGACCUUUCCGGGAAAAAGAGACCAUUCGAAUUAGUGGAAUCGGACGACAGUGAUUCGAAAGCAAGCGGAACGGACGGCAGCCAAAGCGGUGGAAACGGAAGUAGGCCUGAUUGGCAAUGUUAUUGCGCACCGGUAGAUAUCAACGUCAACCAAAUGAUCACUAGUGGUGUGACAGUGGCUGGUUACAAACCAAGAAAAGUGAUAUGUAAACGGAAAAAAGCAUGCGUCCCAUCUGAACAGAAAGAUAACGGAUAUUGGGAGAAAAGGAAGAAAAACAAUGACUCUGCUCGACGUUCCAGAGAGGCAAAGAAAGAAAAGGAGCGGAAUUUUUACAAACGCGCGCUUGAGUUGGAAUAUGAAAACCAUUGUUUGAAAGAGAGAAUCGCCUUUCUGGAGAGAAAACUGGAACUUUCAAUGCAACAAAAUGCUAAUUUUAGUUGCAAUGAUGCGUAGUGUUUCUGUAUAUACUUGUGCAUACCUAGAUUUAUUCCAAAGAAGAGGUCGUCCAUUUUGGAGGACACACUCCUGACAAAUGGCAUUGAUCACUGAUGUAUACUACGUUAAUCAUGAGAAGGUUAUAUAAGUAGGUAUACUGCAUAUUUAGAGAGAGACAAGUGUUUAUUAUUGUUUAGCUUUGAUGUCCGUCCACAAAGAGAAUCGAGACUGAUAUCAAAAGAAAGAAGUCGAUAUGUUCGAGCGAGUUCUUUCUGAUGGAUGGCACUAACCCUUAAGUUUCUAUGUGUUUUAAUAUUUUCCUCUCUCACAUGGCAUCAAAUGCUGUGUUGCUAUUGUAGCAUUUUUUGUAUUCUUUAGCUAUCCGUAUCUUUACCUUAAAUUAAGUAGUUUUGUACCGUUUUUGGCCACGCUUGGUGUGAUAGGUUUCCCUUCAUCAAGGGCAGAAACUCCAUUCCUAGAAUAGUUACAGAUGUAAUCGUGUUUCUGUAUAAUCAUUUGUGCAUGGAAGUUCAAAACUUUCCUCGUUUUUGCAUCAGGAAACAUAUUACCGAUGUUGCUUACCAUGUUUUGUGAUCGUGCUUGUGGCCGCGUGUUUAUGCCAAAGUUUUUAAAACUGAUAUGUCAACCCAAAUGUUUUUUUUUGAAACGUUUGUUGCUUUUUUAUCAUGUAUUUUAGUCUAAGUCCAAUUUAUAAAUCUGGCGGUUAUUAAUACGUAUAUUUUAUGUAUGUUUCAUGUUUAUUAGAUGUAUUCUAGGUGCUAUUAUGGAAACCAGUGGAUCGUACUUUCAUAAUUAUGAUAUAUGAAUUCAACAGAUACGUCCUGUUGUUUAUCGUAGAUAGAAGUGUUCAAUUUUUACUACAUAAACUUUUAUCAGUAUAUAAAUAGGAAUAGUUCCCUUAACCAAAAUAAGGAAAUAAACACUGAACAUUGAAACCGAGAAAGGAUACAAAGAAAAACCUAUCAGCUAAUGAAACGUUUGAUUGAUACUGUAUGGUCGAGCAAGUUCACGUUUCCUUAACAUACAAUAUUGAUAAAAAAAUUAUUUUAAUGUAGGUAUAUAAGUAUGGUGCUUAAUAAAAAAAGAGUUUAAUAUCUGUUAACCAUUAACAAUUGAAUUUUAAGAUAUGUUGAAGUCAUAUUUGAAUUGUGAUUUUUUUACAUGCCAGUUAUAUUCGAGGUUAUUGCGCCGUUUUGUUGGUUUUUUAUUUUGUUAUUCAAGAUGUUUAGCACAACAUGAAGAUGAAAUACGGAGCAUGUUUAUCGUAACUCUUUAAUAUGAACAUUACUGUAAGUUCGACAGGUUUACUGUACCCUAGUUAUAGUGCUAUUAGAAAUAUAGAUAGUUAUGCUAAACCAUUAUAAGGAUAGUUGUACCAUGUCUCCUUCGUUCCUAUCGGCAGGAGAAAGAGAAUGUCGAGAUGCAAAUUCAUAUAACGGUUAUUUAGUACAUAAAUAUUUGUCACAUCCACUACGUUCAAUUCAUUUUCUCAACUCAGUGACGUUAGCGUUGAUAAUAUGGCGUAAAAAAAUUGAUCAUAUUUCUUUAUUUGUUCUACACCACACUGUCGUGUACGUGAUACGGAAGGAAUAUUUUAAGAUGGAACAAGGCUGCAUAUCGACAUACUGACUACAAUCGUUUGAAUUCGGACGGGUUACUUGUUUAAAUGAAUACACUAUUCAACAUCCACAGAGCCAAGUGCGCGGGUAUCAACACACAUUUGAAAUUUUAUCACAAUCAAUGAAGAGUUCAUACUUAAGUCUGAAAACUUUACUACACUUAUGUGCUGAUGUCGAUCAAAGCUUAUACUAAAACCUCAAAACCACAGAUAAAUAUAUAGAAAUUCAGUACAUAGGUGUUCGGUUGUUUACAUGCCACCAUCUUGAAACGUCCUCCUAGGACCACAUACACGACAGUGACCCGCUACUGCAACCCUUUUUUUAUCAUAGACGACUUAGCGUCAAUGGUUGUGACACCCUCACAGAAAAAAAGGUUUUAUAACGAAAUUGUGUUAAUGUCAUGGAUUUUGGUUGUCAAACGUUGUUUAAGUAUGAAUGCAGCUUAACGUGUUCCAUUAUUGUAACGCCAGAUGGGAAGUUGUGCUGUUGACUUGGUAAAAUGUAUACUGAUGUAGGCUGAGUUAUUUCCCGUUGUCCAUUCACGACUGUUUUGACACCUAUCAGUUUACUUAUAGUUGCUUUGGUAAGUAAAUGACAACGUAUCUUCAUAACGGCAGCAACACAUUUUUUGUACGUGAUCUGUGUGUUAAUUCUAACGUACACAUCUCUGCCGGUCACACACCUACUUAACACAUGUACAUACUUUGUAAGACGAUGAAGUGUUAAGCUAAGUAUAGUGGUUUUUCUAGUCAUGUUUUAGUACAUAGUAAUUUGUAUAGAUUAUCUUGCAAUGUACAGAACAAUCAUUUCUCUCUCGCCCAUUUUCCCUGUUCGUUCCGAUACACAUACUGUGUUGCAUAGAGGAGACUACAUUUGACUCAGUCGAUCAUGUGAUUGAAAUUAUGUAAAAAAUAUUCAAUUGGAACAAAACAGUAUGUUUAUUGACCUUGAAAGGGUCAUUGUUUCAUAAAAAUGUCUGAAGAUGCAUAAUAAGUUUCAAAUGUUUCCAUAUAAACCACCUAAUCAAAUGUAACAUCACCAACUCUGCCAUUUAGCUAUCUAUUAUAUCAUCAAAACGUCAGUUCCGGAAGAUUUUCAUACAAGUCUCAGAUGCAGCAAUUCAAUAGGUCGUUUCAAGACAAGCGUUAAAAAUUACAGAAAGUCUGUAGCAUUGAUGUAUUAAACGUGUGUAAAUCUCCAUAACUCGUGUAAAUGUUACUUUUGUAAAUGUAGCUAUCGAACAGGCUGUACAAAAUGAUUGAUUAUAACCUUGAUUCUCCGUGGCGCGAUAACUGUCAUCCAUCAUCCGUUCGUCGUCCGUCCUUCCGGCAUCAACAUCUAAAGGAUUUCUUCCCAACAACCAAAAGGCCUAAACUCUUGGUAUUCGGCUAGAAGCUGUAUCGAAUUUAGCCCAACAAAGUUUGAGAAAAUAAAUCAUCUUGACUCAUAUUUAACAAACCUUCAAAUGACUUCUUGUAAUUGACCAAAUAACCUAUAUUUAUGAAACGUGACACUAAAAAUAUGCCUGUUGAAAUUAAUUUUAAAUUCAUGCUAUAUCAAAUUGUUAAUUAGAAAUAAAUGUCUAAGUAAAAAUACUAUACUCAAAUGAAUUAUGUAAUAUUUGAAGAGAAAGUGAUAAACUCCUUCAGGCACCCUAGUUUUGACCGAGACCAAAUAAGACCAGGUGAGCAAUGUUUGCCCAUCGUGUCUCUUGUUAAUGUUUAACCCAUUUAGUUAUGAACGUAAAGAAGAACAAAUCAUAUGUAAAACUAGGUACGGUAUUAUCAUUUAAAUGUAAAAUAAGUAACUGGGCUUUUGUGAAAAAGCUAACACUUCAGUUUCCAAAACAUUUCAUUUUCGUCAAGUGUUGAUUUUGUCCUUACGAACACACACACACACCACACCACACACACACAUACACACACAAAUUAAUUUCAGCAUUACAUCAAACUUGAGCCCAGCGUUUAUUUUCACCCAACGGCAAAAUUUGGGUGCAAUGAUGUAUAAUAUCAGUAAUAUUGUGAAAAUAUUUAAUAAUGAAUCAUGAACUUCAAACAUCUAAAUUUACACCAAUAGUGAGAUAAACGUGUGUUUGGUUUACACACAUGUAGCGUUGUGUUACGCCAUCAUAUUGAGUAAAUGUUUGUAAGAACAGGUCUAAUCGCUUAGUUGUAUAUGUGACAUAUUGUGUACAUUUUGGACCUAUAUAUAUUCCCAGUCUCUUCUGCAUGAGUUUUGCUCAUUGUUUUGUGCUAUUAUAUCCUAACUCUUAGAUGUUUUACAGGUUUCCGAUUUUGAUAACUUCGCAAUUAACUUCGUAUACUGCCAAUUCAUGCAAUGACUUUUCCAUGUACGUGUGUUUUUCCAGGUUGCGUGUUUCCACUCUGUCUGUUCCUACCACACCUAAUCUCCUACAAGUAUUGGUGUCUUAAUGUGUUCCUCAAUCGUUAUCAGGUACAUACAUUUAUUGCGACAGGUAAUUGAACAUUUAUCUUUAAUUUACCGUUUUUGUCACGUGACUUCGUUCACGGAAAUGAUUAAGGUCAUAACCCGUUUUCGUUCCGGUAUUUCAUUCGUGUUUCUUCACCUUUUUCUCAUUUUUUCUGUUUUUAUUUUAUUACGUUCAUUCCAUUGAUAAUUCCAAAUAUGUCUGUACCUAUUUAGUGUUGUGUUUGCAUUGCUCUUGUACUUCUCCGUUACAAUUGUACACGUGAUAAGCGAAUUCCGACUGAGAUACACAACUCUACAGCGCAUAGUUGACUGUUAGUUGAUUGCUUAAACUGUAUAUCCAAACAAAACAACGAAAGAAAAAAUAUGAUAGUGUCUGUUCAGCCGACAGUUAUCUCCCUUCUGAAGAUAUUUUUACCGGUGGAUGUGCUAUGUAAAUCACGAAGCUUUCGUUUUUGCUGUUUUCCAAAAUUAUCCUCGUUGAAUUGAGCAUGGAAAAUUAACCAAGUAUCCGUUUAAUAUUGUUUUGUAACACACAAGACAAAAUGGCGACAUAAUGAGAUUGAUGACGAAUCUUAUCGCGAAGAUUCAAAGUGGGCGUUUAGGCCUAUACCCCACAUUUAACAUUAUCAGUAUUGCAUGGAAAAAAUAGGCAUAUACAUACGAAUUGUAAAAAGGUUUUGCUUUUGUCUGAUUUGGAUGAUGUAUUCUCGUAAAUUUUGCUUAUCAGCUUCUCGGUAGUAAUCCUAGGUUCACAUAAAUACCCUUUAUGUAACCAGAAAUGGGCCUGGCUGAUUGCUGCCGACAGUUUUAUGCAUUCCCUUGGCGCACUUAAUUAAGAAUUAUCACCACCGAAAGGAAUCUAACCAGUUCGGUUUUUUCAUUGUUUUGUUACCUUUUUUUUCUUUGUUUAUGUCGACGCCAAGGACUUAAUAUACAACACAGUACCACAUAUACGGUACUGAUUUGAUAUUUUUGAUGACACCAGAGAUAAACUGCUAAUACAUCUCAUGUGUACCAUGAUAAAGGGGCGAUAUAUUUUAUCAGUCAUGGUUGCUUUUGCCGCUCUGAUCUUGUGUCUAAUUGUGUACAAGUAUGAAGCUGAUCUCACCCGACUUUCCGUUGGGAACCACCGAAGAUCACUGUACACCUGUUCCAAUGUUUAGAUGUUGUAAUUUUGUCCACGUUAAUCUCUUAAUUAUAUUACAAACUUGUGUUUUUUUCUGUAAUUUUAAUCGAAUGAAUCAUUUCUGUUUAAAUAGACUGCAAAGAUUUAUGGGUUGUACUAUGUUUUUGCUUAUGGUUUUAUUUUUCAAUUGCCACGCCUUGAUGUCAAAAUUCCCUUUCAGUACUUUAAAAACUUCACAAACACAAAACUGACACGAUGUUAACGGAAAUGUUACUUUUGAAACAUUGUCAAAAGUAGUUAAAACCUGUCACACGAUGUGAACGUAAGCUCUUUCCUAUAACACUAUGUCAAAAUAAGCUGUUGCCUAUAACAAGAUGUCAAAAUAAGCUGUUUCCUAUAACAAGAUGUGAACAUAAGCUCUUUCCUAUAACAUGAUGUCAACAUAAGCUCUUUCCUAUAACACGAUGUCAACAUAAGCUCUGUCCUAUAACACGAUGUCAACAGUUGUUCCCUCAUGUGACAUUAAGCCGAGAGAAGUUCCUACAUGUGACAAGGUAUCGACUUAAAUUCCUUCCUGCCUGUGAAACGGUGUCAACGGAAAUUUCUACAUGUGACACGAUGUUGACCGAAGUUUCUACCCGUGAAACGGUGUCAACCUUAGUUCCUACCUGUGACACACUGUCAACGGUUUUUGUGACACGAUGUCACCAGUAGUUCGAAACAGUAAAACGAAAUUGACAGUCAGUUUGUGGCAUGAUGUCAAAAUCUAAAACUGUUCAUCGCCACCCAAACGACUUUAUCAUAGUUGUGAGAAUGCAUCGAUCUGUUUUACUUCUCAUUCCGAAUGGAUAUUGUCUUCCAUUUUGGUCCUCUCGCAUUGAUAGAUAAGUGGUUCAACAGUCUCUCAACAGCCAUACGAGGACAUGCGCCCAAGGGUACACCGACACAUGUAUCCCACUAAUCGUCUGUUUACGACUUAGAUUGUUGAAAUAUUGUCAGCCCACAUGCUUUACCAUCCUGUUGGCGAGUGGCAACUCAUGGGCGCCUUUAUUCUGCAAUCUCACUGAAUGGCAAUCGAUGAUGUCACAUUAAACAUACACCACCCGGACACUAUUACAUUAAACAGACACCGGGAUACUAAGUAUUAUCCACUCGGAUACUGUCACAUUACACGGACACAAGGAUACUAAGUAUUAUCCACUCGGAUACUGUCACAUUACACGGACACCAGGAUACUAAGUACUGUCCACCCGGACACUGUCACAUUACACGGACACCAGGAUACUAAGUACUGUCCACCCGGACACUGUCACAUUACACGGACACCAGGAUACUAAGUACUGUCCACCCGGACACUGUCACAUUACACACCAGGAUUGCCAAACCCACAAUGUCACAUUAAACACACACCGGACUACUAGAUAUUGUUAUACUCCUUAAUUCUAACUCAUUUUAAGGUGUGCGUUACCGUAGAAAACUUAUGUAUUCUUUGUUUUGGGUAAAGGUUUUCACUUCGGGAAAAUUAAUGUAGUUCAAUGGCUUUAAUUUUUUUAAACAUUUAAAACAGAUAAAUACACGAACUUGGCAGUUAUUGGAACUAUAUGUUAUAGUAUAUCUAGGCUGGAGUCCUUUACGGAAGCUGCCAUAUGCAUCUUAAUAUUUUCAAAUUGUUGUGUUCGUACAAAUCCGCUUAUUUUUGAUGUUGGAGUUUUAUCAAAUGAAGUUCCCGCCAUUAUUGUGUUAACCUGUACUGGAUUAUCUGCCCUUAGUUAAGUGAGAUGACAAUAGUUCUGUACCCUUUACUGUGAGUGUCCAUAUAUUGUACACGGAUUUCAGAGCUUCUGUUGAAAUCCGAAGUUUGAAAAUGUGAUGAUAAUAAAUAAACCUUAUUGUUUCAAUUUUA